CGACGCGAUUUUAUUGGAGCUUCGUGCGAAUGUGCGACUCGCCCUUGCCGUUCAGCUGAGCGCCGCAACAACCCCAGUGGAAAGUACAUGGCGCGCGCACUGAGCAUUCGCUCUACAUAUGUACAUGGCAUGUAGUGGCUCUUGGCGAAUGGAAACGCAUUAUUUUCGGCUAUGUGCUGCAUUCAUUAUAUGCAAUCCAAACUGUUUGAUAACGGCUUGAAGUUGGAUAUUUCCAGCUAUACCCACAUGAACAUACGCAUAGGGACGAAGGGCAAGCGGCCGUUGCGUAGCUUGACCCCCCGCGACAAGAUUCAUGCGAUUCAGCGUAUCCACGAUGGUGAAUCCAAAGCCUCGGUGGCCCGGGACAUAGGGGUGCCCGAAUCGACGUUGCGCGGCUGGUGCAAGAACGAGGACAAGCUCCGGUUCAUGUCCCGCCAAUCGGCAGCCGACAAGAUGUGCGCCGAUUCGCUGGUGGAUAAGCUGGACGGCGCUGCUGGCUUGCUGGGGCCGCCUGAGAAGCGCCAACGUCUAGAAAACACCCUGCCUCUGAAUUUCUCCAAUAAAAUGAACUUUGACGAGCUCGCGUUCAAGCGAUCGCCUCUUAAUGGAUUGGAUUAUAGUACAAAUAAAAGUCUAUCAGAAAUGAGCUACAACGGAUUACCAGUUGAUUAUGUGGGAUUCAACGGCGCGAUCAAAAACAAAGUGUUUGGUGCAGAUAUAUCCCGGUCCGGGCCCUCUGAUCCCUCCCUAAGCGCCAUAAGCCCUCUCUCGAGUCUCACCCAUCUGUCUGGCCUCACUGGCAUAUCGCAGUCCCCGCUAGCAAUCAGCUUCAAUGAGCUCACCUCAAAUCUUAAUCUGCUGGCUCAGCUAAACCCCGGCCUGGCAGCGAUGUCGGGAUUAAAUAACUUUGCAGCCACAGCCAACACAUUGCGCAACGCAAAGCCUAAUGUGCAGUCGCAGCAGCAACAAGUACAGAGUCCUCAAAGCGACAACGGUGACCGGGAACGCACCCCCGCGCUGUCCGUCAAGAACUGGGCCAAGCAGAAACCAUCAGGGACCAGUUCGGCUGCCGGAGAGUGUGACAUGAAGAACGGAAACAUGAAGAGCCCGAGUCCGAAGCUCGCUCCCUCACUCGUCGGCUGUGUUGCCCCGCUGUCAGGCCUCCCCGACGAUCCUCUGCUCUACUGGCUAAAGUCACAGCAGGCAAUGCUGGGACUGAACAGUCUGUAUCCCCCGCCAGCAGCAUUGGGCGUGACAAGUCCUCCAAUCCGAUCUUCGACGCCGCAGCAGAUGAAUCAAUAUCCCAACACUCCGCCAGUUCCGUCGACCCCAAUGGCUCCAUCAUCGCCAGCUCUCGGGGGCUUGGACGACAAGAACUCGGCCUGGUACAACUGGUGCAAGGCCUUCGGCGCCAGUCUGCACUCUCUCAACCCGAACUCGGCCGCGCUGGCAGCGCUGCAAGCAAACUCACUGCACCAUCAGGCGUCGUCGACUACGGCGGAGACCACGAAUGUCGAUGAUAUCGGCAAACAGCAACAGCAGCAGCAACAACAGCAGUUCGACAACAUUCUAUACUCUCAGUUGACAAAGGAGGCCGCAUCGCCAUCAAUACGAAGCGUCUCAUCUAACGAGCAGAAUCAAACGGAACAGAAUGACGCGACCACGGACCUGGAGGCAGGGCCUGAAGCUGAGCCCGAAGUCUCGGGAAAACCAGAGGACCUGUCGGCCAAGUCUGCGAAAUCAGCGAGCUCCUCCACAACCCCGACUAUGCCAUCUCCACACGUAGUUGCCAACAGCCGUGAUCACACUCCCGAGCCGUGCACGGAAGUCACCAGUCAGUCCGCGCCAAAUCCAAGCGCCGAGUUGAACAGCACCUCGUGUAGUGUGGGCGAGGACUGCAAGAACGUCCUCAGCAAUAUAAUCUACAAAAUUGGCAACAAUCCAGGCGCAGAUGCCUCGGAACAGCCCCCCACGCCCGUCAGCCCAGAGCUGGGCUGCGACUCAGAGACGAGCUUCAACAGUGAUACGCAUCCCCACAACAAUAACGACGUCAGUGCCAGCAACAAUAACAACAACUCCAACAAGACCGACGAGGAGGAGCGGGCCAAGUACGCGGAUUAUGCAGCUGAAAUCGAAGAAGUUGUUGCCAUUAGUCACGGCGAAAAGUUCCUGCAGUGGCUCGAGAACUGCAGCAAUCCCCGGGUCACAGCGGUGCAGCUGAUGCAACUGAGAUUCCUGAUCGCAGCCAUCAAGUCGAGCAGUGAUGCGCAAAGCGCGCCAAGGUCCGCUGACAACUGCCAGAACGAGAACGAAGACAACUCCCAUGAGGACACCAGUAGAAACAAGUCCCGUCGCCGGAAAUAGGAUAAACCGAAGUUGGCUCCUCUGGAGCCAGCCACGGAUAUUGCUUCAACGGCGAUUGGGCAGCAGCGCGAACACGCGAAUGAAAUUGAUGCCGAAGGACAGAGCUGGAGCUUGAGAGCUGGGGACUCGAGACCACCUGAAGAUCUGAGCUCUUCAGUUGGCGUUCAGCCCCUCAACUCCCUGCCGAGUAGGUGCCAGCAGUUUGCUCCGGCUGUUUACCAGUCGUCAGCAACGCUGCUCAGCUCGCUGAUCUUCCCCCCCUACGAAUUUGUACACUGUGACCUCGAUGAUGACGACCCCGACGACUGUCAAAUAACUGGCGAGUACCAACAGUCCGACGAAUUCAGCUCCAGCAGCAGUUGCGAUGAAAAUGUACAGAAUAGAAUAACCUAGAAUAACUAAUUCGAUUUCUUCCGACCCAUUCAUUAUAUAUCAAUGUUUACGUACGAUGUUUAACUCAUAAAGUCAAGUCAGAUCUUGCUUCGCGAAACUCAUUUUUGUGGAUUUUAGCAUUUAUUAAAUAAGAUCAAAGAAUAUAUUGUUUUUGUUUACGAUUGGCAAUUCCUUUCUAACCUAAUAAAUCAUGAUAUUAUAUAAUAUUUAUAAUAAGCUAUAAAAUAUGUAAAUAUUGAAAAGUUUUUAAUCGAGCCUCGUUUAAUUGUUUACUUGCCUUCUCAAACACUUUUGAAUGUUUUUAUACAUACUAGAACAAUGCUGGAUUCCUUCAGUCUUCAGUUGAAUCUGAACAUCUCACAAUAAUAUAUUUAAAACUAAUGAAAGGUGGAGACAGUCAAUCACAUGGAUUUGAUAUUAGUUACUCUUUAUUAUUAAUAUAUAAAUACUCAUGCAAAUAAUUAUUGCAAAUAUUUGCUCAUAAGAAUUUUAUCAACUUAAAAUCCCUAAAAUAUAAAUAUAAAAUAAAUUUAUAAAUGUAGACGUUUUUAUUUGAAACCCUUGUUUAAUAAAUCAUUCGCAUUAGACAAUUUUUAUGAA